CAUAUCCGGUUUCUCCAUGACCGUCGUAGAGCAAUGGCGACGAACCGGGGAGAUCCUACGAGAUGGUUUUUCACCCGGGAGCAGCUGGAAAACACACCGUCUCGCCGACAUGGAGUGGAGCCGGACAGGGAGCUUUCAUACCGGCAACAAGCGGCAAAUCUGGUCCAAGACAUGGGUCAGAGGCUAAAUGUCUCUCAACUAACCAUAAAUACAGCAAUCGUUUACAUGCAUAGAUUUUAUAUGCACCACUCUUUCACCAAAUUUCACAGGAAUGCAAUAUCUCCUACCACGCUGUUUUUGGCUGCCAAAGUGGAAGAGCAGCCACGGAAACUGGAAUAUGUGAUCAAAGUUGCACAUGCCUGCCUCAACCCUCAAGAAUCUCCUCUUGACACUAAGAGUAAUGCAUACCUCCAGCAAGCUCAAGAGCUGGUGAUACUUGAAUCCAUAGUGCUGCAGACCCUUGGCUUUGAAAUUACUAUUGAUCACCCACACACUGAUGUGGUGAAAUGUUCCCAGCUAGUGCGAGCAAGCAAGGAUCUGGCACAGACAUCCUAUUUCAUGGCUACCAACAGUCUCCACCUCACGACAUUCUGCCUCCAGUACAAGCCCACAGUCAUAGCCUGUGUGUGUAUCCACCUGGCCUGCAAGUGGUCCAACUGGGAGAUACCAGUGUCUACUGAUGGGAAACACUGGUGGGUGUAUGUGGACAGCUCUGUUACCCAUGAGCUGCUUGAUGAGUUGACCCAUGACUUUCUGCAGAUUCUGGAAAAGACGCCCAGCCGGUUAAAGAGAAUACGCAACUGGAGAGCAACCCAGGCUGCUAAAAAGCCCAAAUCUGAGAACAUCCAACUGUCAUGUACCUCCUUAGCUGGCUCUUCCAUACUCCAAGACCAGCGUGACAGUUCACUUGCCGGAUUACCUUCCUCAAGUUUUUCCAAAGCUGGCGACACCUUCACGAUGUCUGCUCCGUCUGGUGGUGCAUUGUCUCUGGACUCUAUGACUGGCAUUUACCAGCCACCUAGCCACAGUGAAUGGCCCCAGGGCAACCAGAGUCAAAUAGAUUAUGCAUCUGGCUGUAUAAAACAAGAACUAUUCAACACUUCUCAUAAAGAGCAUCAAAAUCCCACAACAUACAAGACUCAAAAAACUGCAGAUCUUAACGUUGUCAAACAGGAACUAAAAGGAGCCAGUUUGAGUGGACCUGGGAAGCAUCAGCCACCUACUUCAUCCUCUUAUACUUUAUCAGCUCAACCUCUACCACCUCAAGUCUCUUUAAACCCAAAACUGUCAUUGGACAAAUACAGAGAAAAACAUACUGUAGAGGUUUCUGUUUCUGGGCAAAAAGGCCGACAAGAACAGCAUGCCACACCCAUUGAGAACAACACAAGGGGGGGUUUAUCACAAACUGCUCAAAUUUCCCAUAAUGCCCAUUGUUUAGGUAGCAGCAGUACUGCCUCAACAAUAAAAAAUAGACUUUCUGCUACAAUGGACAGACGUCAUCAUAGUGACAAAUGGGACAAAAACUCACUUAAUGUCCAUCUGGCAAUUCCUGGCUGUGGAGGAAGCUCCAAGAUAGACAAAAACAAAGAGGAAUUUAAGAUGAAGAUUAAGGUUUCCUCAUCAGAGCGUCACAGUUCAUCUGAUGAAGGAAUGUCUGCCAAUAACAAGAAAAAACAUUCCAGCCCUUUGGUGAGCAAGGAGAAACCGCAUAGAAGUGUGGAUCACAACCUUCACCGCCAUCACAAGUACAGUCACCACAGCGGGAAUGGACAAGGAGGCUCAGAGGGCCCCAAUAGUGGAGGAGACCUACUUCGAGGCCCCCCAGAACUGAUUACCAUAGAAGGAAUAGCGCUUCCUCAUAGCGGAUCCACGGCUUUGACGUCUUCCUCGCUGAGAAAGAGGGCACACCUUGAAGCUAAUCACAAUCAACAUCCUCCUGCCUGGACCUCUACUUCUAGCUCCAAACUGAGCAAAAUCUCCAAGGGUGGAACCAGCGCUGCAGGUGGACUGCGGACCUCACAGCAGUACCUUCCUCCGAGUGAACCGGCCCAUGAAGUGGGAAACCAGAGACACUGAGUGGAUCAUUCCACACCUUCAAACGGAAACGGCAGGAAUUUACGCUCACUUGUAACGACUAUGCCCACGUCCUCAUUAAGUGCCCGUAGAGAAGUACAGAAGUCCUAAACGCAGACAUCUCGCAAAAAAUGAAGAACGUUGGGCCUUAGAUGAAGAAAAAAAAGAACUUAAUGCUUCCAUACUCUGACCUCUGGGCUGUGAUCUUCAGUCCCAUCUGGCUUCUCGGCUCUCCUCCCAAGGGACAAAAGUGUGUAUUUACCGUUUCCAUUUUGGAAAACUACAUUACAUGUUCUCUUAAAAAGGUAUGGAUAUACACUCUCCAUUUUUGUUUUUAAUAAAAAUCACAUUUCUGCAAUUGUAUGGAGCACGCUAAUGCCCAGCUGGAGAGUUCAACUUCAGUUUGCCGGCAUUUCAUAUUUAAAUGGAUGCCCCUUUUGUUCCUAAAUUUCAUCUGUGGCUUAUCUUGAUUUUUUUUUACACUUCAAUGCUGAUUUGCACGUGUUCAUCAAAGGGAUGAGAAGGACAACAUGCUAUUCACAGGAAGUGGAGACAAAUGUACAUACGUUUUUGUAUGGUAAGACAACAAUUAUAAUGAAUUCUCAGGUUUGGAUCUGCUUGUGGUUAUGACAGAGUAAUUAUAAAACAUUAAAAAAAAAAUCUCUUUUUGUUUAACAGAAUGGCACGUGUUAAAACAGCCUAACUAGAGCGGGUGCUGCUUGUCAUGGUAUUACCCACAUAUAUAGGUAUGGAUCAAAGUGAACGUUAUUAAAACAUGACAUUUUUAGUGUGCCAUGUAAGUAUCCUUUGAAGUGUUGUACAGCAAUAAGGCUUGUACUUGUCAAAACACAUUUACAUACCCAAUAGUACUAUCCAGAGGAAGGUCAUUUAUGUAAAAUGCCCUGGUGUUUUAAAUUUGAUUUUGAGAUGCAUAGAUCUUUGUGGACGGAAAAUGAUAGGUUGUCAUCCUGUUGAUACAUUUAUGACGCUUGUCUUCACAACAGUUCUCUCCAUUAAACUUCAAUCCGAAAUCUUGCCAUGAACAAGUGUUCAUUUUUUGCUGAUGGAUAUAUUUUCUUGUUGUCCUUGUUGAGGCCAAAGCAGUAAGGAAACAGCCCGACAUGUCCUACAUUGGUACCUCGGUUUUUGUUAGUAAUCUGUUCCAGGAGGUCCAACGAAGACUUGACGCGUACGGAAACCAAAGCAAUUUUUCUAUAAGAAAUUAUGGGAAUCCAAUUAAUCUCGCAGACAACCAAUAUUAACUCGAACACGUUGUAGAGCAGCGAUUCUCAAACUGUGACCUGCCAAUAAAAUCACCUAAUUAAAUAUUCAAACAAAGUGUUACUGUUCAAACUGUGUGUAAUGUUACAGUGGCCAACAUUAUUAAAUAUACUUGUUUUUUAAUAGAUAUUUAGGCCUACUAUGCUACUGUAUUAUUAUAUUGUUGGUCAUUAUGGUUGUACUUAGUGGAAAAAGACAUUGUUAUAGAAAAUAGUUAUAAUUUUGCAUAUGUAAAACAAUGUUAAUUAAAUAUAAACAUAUUGGCAAAGACGUUGGUAACAGACAACCAAGCAGAAGCCACUUUUGCGCUUUGCCACACGUUUUUUCUUGUAUUUCCUUUCGUGUUUCUCACUUUUUUAAAUUAAUUUGGCCUCCUGGUGGCUGUUUUUUCAGCCAGUCAGAAUCAAUGAGACUCAAUUCUGCAUAAAACACUUUUUUUUGGGAAAAACUGUGUCACACGGAGAAAAAAAGGGUGUACAAAACUGAGGUAUUGCUUUGUGAAAAAAGCUUUAAAGUAACUAUUUGCAUCGCACACGUUGAUUCUUCUUGAGAAAGUUGUCUUGCAGGAAAAAAAAGCAAAUGAUCACAAGACUUGAUAAAAA